CGCUACUCGCUAAGCUGACAGGCGAACAUUCUGAACAGCUUUGAAGGACACAACGUUCACUCUUGCUCGAUUCCUAUCACUACAUUCACUUCGGUACAAGUCAUCGCUUAUAACUCAAAGAUCGACUAGACCUUUUUCAAUCCCAACACCAUCGCAACUACGCCUCGACAGACAAAAAUCUUUACUCCGCUGCUGCACCGAUACGAUGCCUUUGCUCCAUAGCACUAAAGCGCCAAACGAGCACCUCAUCUUCGUCAAGAACGUUCCCGGCUACUUUGCGACUGACGAGAUUCGCAGUCUGUUCGCCAAAUACAAUCCAGCAAGCAUCAAAAACGUAUACCCCAACAGCAAUGUCACUACGAUUGUCAUCGGCUUCCGCACAAAGGACGAAGCGGCGCGCGCUCAAGCGGAGACAGAUCAAACCCGCUUAGCGCAUGUCGUGCUAAAGGUAGAGACGUACAACCAGAAGCAGUCAGUGAGAUACCUGAGGGACCAAGGACAAGUCACUCGGCCGCGAGGCGCUGCGCAAGAAGACGAAGCGCAGUGCUAUGACGAGGAGCCGGUACAAGAAGAGGGACCGGUCUUCACUCCACCCAUGGAACCACACGUUGCGAAAGAUCCCACUGCUGCGCCGCAGCGCACUACUUGGGCUGAUGUCGCUGGCAAUCGACGUGCUCUGGUCCAUGAGGCGCCUACUUUGCUCGAGGUCGGGAGUCCAGCCACUACAGAAUCCACACCUAUAUCCACCCCCCGCAUGCCGAUAGUUGUCCCACAGAAGCUCUUCGCGCCAGGCCUUGAGCACAAAAGCUCGCAGCGCCCACCGCCGGCAGUCGUCUCGUUAGGCUACAGCACUCCAGAAGCCUUCACCAUCCCACCAGCUCUCAGUUCCCGCAGUACCGACACAUACUCUACCGACGAGAUAGAAGACCGGAUUAGAAAGCUCGCCAAUAUUCCAGACUGGAUGACAAUCGCACAGUGGGCAGAUGAUAGCAGUGGCCGAGAACCCACACGUUUCCCAACGGAGCCUCUCGAUACCACGGUGCGUAUCCGGGCGAAGCACUGUCGAGAUUGCGCAUUUUGUCAGCUAAGAGAUCGAUACUAGGUCCAACGCCUCCCGAGAGUUGGCAAUAUCUUGGUGAGGGGAUGGAUAUGCUACUUUGACUUGCGCUGCAAAGUUGAAGGAGUUGGGAGUUUUGGUGCUACGAUGGAGAUGCUCAGUGGAUGUUUUCGGAU